AUGACUCAGCUUAUAUUCCUUGCUGAAUUCAAUGUUUCUCACAACAAUCUCACAGGUCCUAUACCACAUGGAACACAGUUUACUACAUUCGACCACACUUCAUACGAGGAAAACACAGGGUUGUGUGGAGAUGCAUUGCCAAAGAAAUGUGGAAUCAAUCCUAAGACUCCUCUACCACCAACUGCAACUUUUGAAGAAAAUGAUUUAAACUCUGGAAUUGAAUUUGAUUGGAAAUUUGUUUUGGCCGGGUUUGCGAGUGGGUUGGUUGUUGGAGUGGUUCUUGCGGAUGCUGUGAUAACAAGGAGGCAUGAGUUGUUUAUUGAGAUAGUUGCAAAAUUGAUCAAAGUAUUGAGGAAAGGCCCAGAAGUUGAGUUCAAAAGGUCAUGCAUCUAUGUUUUUCUUUCUUUUACCAUCUCUUAUGUCUUUCUCCACUGUAGUCAAUGUAUGGAUGUAUAA